AUGACAGGAAUGGUCCAGCGAGAAUUUAAUGUAAAGGUCCAUCAUUCGAGCGGCGUCAUGAAUCAAUAUUUAGGAACGCUCCUUUUCAUGCUUGUAUUCUACCAGACUUGUAAUCAAUGUGAAACAUUGUAUCGUAUCGAUCAGUGUCCUCUUAUCACGUGCAAAUGUUCUCCUAAAUCGAAGCUGGUGAACUGUACAGGAAGCGAUAUGAAGUAUAUACCAGUUUUACCCACAUAUGCACAAAAUGUUAUAUUUACAAAAACUAACUUUCCAAAUAUAACGGCGGAGUUUUUGUACAAUCUUACUUUAAUCCGUGUUAUAAGAUUACAUUUUGUCGACACAUUGACCCGCAUCAUCGACCCGGAUGCAUUUGUCAAACUUACAAACUUGUCUACUUUGGAGAUCAGUGGAUCUUAUGAAUUAAAGCCAGACAUGAUUUCUCCAAUCUUGCUGUUAACACCUAGAAUAGAGACUGUUCAGCUGAAAUCCAAUCACUGGGAGACCAUUCCAGGUGACAUGUUUUUAGGAUUACAUAACUCAUCGAUCCAAUCAAUAACACUUAGGGACAAUGUAAUAGAAAGUAUAAGUGGGACAUAUUUUUCGGAUUUGCGGUUUUUGAAAAGAUUGGAUUUAUCAAACAAUCAACUAUUAGACUUAAACUUGACAGGAUUAGAAUCUACAUCAAUCUCUUACAUCAACCUAGCCAACAAUAAUUUCCGUAAAGUACCAUCAUUCUGUGGACCAACUGGACAACCCACGGGUAAAUACAAAACUCUAGACUUUCAGAAAAACUAUCUUCAAAAACUAGAUGGAUCUUCAUUUCAAUGUCUGCAGGUUUUACAAAACCUUAAUCUUGACAGGACCUCUAUAACAGUUAUACGGACCAACACAUUUGUGAAACUACCAAAACUAGAAAAACUCUCGCUGACUCACAUCGGUGAUCAUUUAAGAUCGAUACAGGGGUUUGCAUUCAAUUCCUCAAGUCUCAAAGAAACUAUACUUCAUGGAUAAUCGAUAUAGAUUUGAAAAGGCG